AUGCCCGUCGUCUACCUGCACGACAGCUCGCCCAUGUCGUCCCACCUUCGGCGUCGCAGCUCGACCUCGCACUCGAACCUCGCCUCGCUCGUCACGUCGCCCGCACCGUCGUACAACGAGGCAACCGGCGUCAUCCAGCUCCCGCCGUCGCCGCCGCUCCUGGCGUGGGACGACGACCGCGACCGCAAGUCGGAGAAGAGCGGGCUGGGCCUGCUCGACCUCGGCGCCGUCGGCGGCAAAGGUGCGCCGCUCGCGUGGCGGUCAGCACCAAAAGGCCGGGCGUACAGCCUGCCGCGGCCGUGGUACACGGCGAUGGCGCUCGCGAGCGUCACGGUCGCCUUUGUCUUCCUCCUUUCGUACCUCGUUCCUCCCGAGUCGUCGUACCAGCCGGCGUCGCUCAUGUCGCGUGUCCGGUCGACCAAGCCCGCCUGUGACCCGUACUCGUCCUUCGGCACGCUCCAGGUCGACGAGGACGACGCCGACCGGUCCACUUGGGCGCCGUUCGACGCGUCGUGCCAGCCGCCAAACUUCCUCGCCAAGUUGCGCGACGUUACCCUGCACCACCACCACGCCUCGGAGGCGUACGCCCACGCGUCCGACUUUACGUGGAUGCAGAACAAGACGGCGCUCCUCAUCGGCGACUCGGUCUCGCGCGAGCUCGUCGAGAACUUCUGCAUCCUCAUGGGCGAGGAAUCCGAGGUCCUGCGCCCGGGCCACCACUGGUCGCCGCCGGCGCCGAUGCGCGAGCCGGUCAAGGCCAAGCACGCGCCCGGUCGCCCGUCGCGCCUUCACUCGCGAGGGUUCCGCGUCGUGCGCGAUGCCAGUCGGCCGAGGAUCUGCUACGUCCCCAAGCUCGACUUUCUCCUCGUCUCGGUCUUCCACUUCGGCCUCGACCAGGAGGACUACUGGCGCGACUCGCCCAUGCGCAUGCCGCAGUACGAGGCGCCGGGCAUGUUCGAGCACCGCCUUCACGACAUGAUCCAGCCGCUCGUCGAGAACAUUCGCGCCGACGGCCGCCGCACCGCGCCCGACUACGUCGAGGUGUCGAGCGGCAUGUGGGACCUCGCUCGCUGGGCCGAGCAGGACAUCGCCGCCGGGCGCAGCACGACCGACGAGCUCAGCAAGGACCGCGUGACGUGGUACCGCUUCCGCGUCGGCCAGAUCAUGGAGCAUGUGCGCUCGGCGUUCCCUCAAGCCAGGUCGCACGUGUGGCGCACGAUGCACUACCCGACCGACCAGGUCGCCGAGCAGGACUACUUCCUCGACAAGAUCAAUCCUCGCAAGGCCAACGCGUCGACGCCUGAACCACCCUUGUUCGCCCACAGCCGCGUCCACCAGAUCGACCAGCUCGUGCGCGGCCUCGUCCUCCGCUCUACGUCCGCCUCGGCCGCCUCGGCUUCCUCAAAGGUCGGCGCCGUCGACGACGUCGUCGUGGCGAACGCGCCUCAUCCCGAGUUCCGCCUCAACGAGUUCGGCACGCUCCUCAAGGGCCACGAGGCGCACGCCCGGGACCGCCUGCACGGCACGCCGACGUUCGCGCACGUCUUGUGGAGCGACAUCAUGCUGUACGAGCUGUGGCGAGGCGUGCAAAUGGGCGAGGCGCGCUCGGUGCGCGUCUGAGGAGGAGCCGGUGGGUGGUCCGCCAGGCGCGCUCGGGCCCCUCGACGAGGUCCACCCUCGCAUGUUUCGUUUUUACCCUGUCGCUCUCCCUUCUUCGCAUUUUCUGUCACCCUGUACCCCUCGCAUACCCUCCUCUCUUGUAGCUCUCCCUCGUCACGUCCUCGCAUCUGUCAUUAUACAUCGUCCUCCUC